AUGGCGGGUCGCGCAGAAAUCGACGCUUCUGACCUUGUGCAAGCUGUGCAGUCGGGCUCCAAAGUCCAAGAGCUGGUCGACAGGAUAAAACAUAAUUUCAACCUAGAUUCAAUCGCGGAGGAUAAAGGGUGUUCGAGAGUGGAGGGCGUGUAAGACGAAUCCAAAGUUUUGAACGAAAUUAGAGACGCGUUCAGAGACGAGUUUUCCCAAUCCAAAAAGGUUGUGAAAUAUCCCUCUUAAUAGACAAAAUAUGUACUGAAUUUCAUAUUUGCAGAUUGCCAAUAUCGUUGCACUGAUCGUUGGACGCCCUCGAAAGACUCUUCAUUCCUCACGCGGGGUGGCAUUACUAGUAUUCCAGAACCGCACGUCGAAUUUAGAGAAAAUUGUAGGCAAAGAAAACUGUGGAAUCUUCAUACCCGUUGAUAUAGCUGGCUCUGGCGAGGCUACACUCGAGGAGACGGUUUUGAAGGAGACUAACCGAAGGACAAUAUUCAAAUUUCAAACAGGUUCGGAGCUUUUGAUCAUUCGAAGAUGUUCAAUAUGGCUGCCUGCACAAAGCACAGUGUUAUGUGUCGUGCGUUGUGCGAGGAAGGAUAAAAGACCCCAGACUGUGCAAGUUUCACAUAGUUUCAAAUGUGACUUUCUCUCACUUCUUUUUGAUUUGUCGACCUAA